AUGGACAUGGCAAGCUUCAAAAACUCAUUACCCCAGGAGGGUACCGCUGGCAACGCCAGCGGAGAAUCCCUCCCAGAGGUCACUCUGACCUCUGGCCGGCCCUCGUAUUCUGGGGGGGCCAAAGACUGCCAACCAACGACCUCGGCGAUAACAACUGACAACGAAGCAAACGAUUUGGAACUGACGACGCCUGGAAGAGCAGAGGAAGGCGGGGAGAGCGACGUGGAGGUGGUCUCUAUGUCGGAGUCUUCCUCCGACUCAGACAGUACUCUGGACGGGAGGAAGGCGAGCGCGAGCACGGCGCGGAAAAAGAUCAGCGGAUCCGCGGCCCCAAAAAUCGCCCUCAAGUUCCCAAUUGGGACAGAGAGCAAGGGGAAGAAUAGGGCGCUAAAAGAAGCGGAAGCAGCGGGCCCGGUCAAAAAAGUGUCGACAGCGACAAGAGGCCGUACCAGACGACCGGGGGCCCAAAGCAGUUUCCUGCAGGAGGCGAAAGCCUACUUAGCGGAGGGGGAGGAGAGUCGAGCAGCUGGCUCGGACCCCCCCCCCUACCAGCCUCCAUGCCUGCCCAGGGACUUGUCGGAGCCCAGGGCUGCGCAACCGGAGGCUGCCACCAUAGAGGCAUUGGCUGCGAAGGCCCUCCUGAAUGUUUCCACAAUUCAGGGGGAGGUUAAGAAGAGCGGAAACCUAAAGGGAACAGUGCGGGGCCAGAUUAACAGGGCCACCCAACAGGUGAUAGAAGCGGUGGAGGAGCUCCGAGCGAUCACCCCCGAGGAGGAGCAACGCCGGCUCCGCGCGGAGAAUGCCAGACUAGCUAGAGAGCUGGAGCUGAUCCGCGCGGAGCUGCGUGCUUUCAAAGAAGCGCACUCGGAGUCGCAAAAGCGGUCAGAAGCGACUCCGAGGGAGGCUCCUCAGGCCCAGGAGGGGGUGGAGGCGAUUCUCAGGGGCGCUCUCGAAGAGAUGAGGCGCGAACUCCUAGAGUCAGUAGGCGGGAUGGUGAACGCCCGCCUACAAGACCUGGAGACGCGCCUCCCCCCUGAGCCGGUGGUCAGACCACCGCUCCAGGCGGACAAACAACAUCCGCCGCCGCCGCGCCCUGUAGUCAGGCCCAACCUGGCGACCAGCGCCCCUAAAAACGUGGAGACACGACCAGCCCAGGCCCCUGUAGCCAAAGCCAGGCCGGUCCCCAAACGGAGGAUCGCCCCUACAGCUGUACCGGCUGCCCCUCCCCCCCCUCCACCUGCUGGCGGAGGAGGGCGCGUAGGGAAAGCCGCGAAGGCUCAAGCCGGAGCCGCUGAACCCGCCCCCCAAACUCCCGGGGGUGAAGUACAGUGGUCUAAGGUAGUCGGCCGCAAGGCAAAAAAGAAGAAAAAGGCUCCGGCCGGGGCCCCGCCUGCUGCGCCAGUUCACCCUAAUGGGACGCAGCGGGUUCCCCCUCCCCCUAAAGCAGUAAAGAUCGUGGCCCCCAAGACGGCGGCCAUAACCGUCACCCUUAAACCGGGGGCCACGAUCACGACAGCAGAGGGACAGGUCUCUGAGGCCAAAUAUACUGACGUCUUGGCCAAGGCUAAGGCGUCGAUCUGCCUCAGAGACUUCGGCUUGGAGACGGUCAAAGUGCGGACCAGCAUGACCGGCUCCAAGCUGAUGGAAGUGGGGGGGAACACCCCAGAAGAGACGGCCGAAUUCAAUAGCUGUAAUUAUAAAAUCGGAUAA